CGAAAAUCUGGCGCAAAUCUACUUCCCCUUGUAGACCAUUGAAGCUGUCACAGCAAAGUCUAAACACCUCCUCCUCCAGCAUGACCUGUCCUACCCUCACUUCCCCUCCUGAAAUUCACCUCUCUCCACCGCCGUCUAUAUGGACCAGCUACACGAGCAACAGUACGCUCUACUACCCUCAGAGAAUGGCGACGAGCCUUCCAAGGUCGUGGAAGAAGUUGGGCCGCGUGUGCGCGAAUCUUGGUCUUUCCGGAUAGCCAGUUUGAUAUUAUUCGGCUUGCUCACACUGUUGAUUUUCCUCGCUCAGAACAUAGGUCCAAACGACAAAAAGUGUACUAAGCAGCUAAAUCUAUGGUCUCCGCUACUAGACUCAGUGGAAUACUACGAAACGGACUUUGGCAACGAGUUUAACUCGACAAGCAUCUACCGUGGACUUCCUACGCCGGAGAGAGAGGAAGCUUGGAACAAACUGGUUACCAAACAUGCCAUUGAAGUUCCAGUCGACAAGAUACAUGGUCUCAACCGUACGGAAGCCGAUAUGAUGAAGCAUGUCCCUUCAGAUAUCGGGACGGGCUACAUUGGACUUGUAGAAGUCUUCCAUCAGCUUCACUGCUUGAACAUGCUUCGAGUCUACACAUGGGUACAAGCCGGCAAAUACCCAAACCCACCGCCUAUGCUGGCGAUGAGCGAAGUGCAGAACCGCAUGCAUGUUGACCACUGCAUUGAGUCCUUGCGACUCGUGUUUCAGUGCUGGAGCGAUGUAACGCCUGUUUUGAUCAAGUUGGGCGGACCAGUUGGGCGCAAAGCGGAUUUCAACACCCACCACAAGUGUCGUAACUUUGACAAAAUCGAGGAAUGGAUUGAUGAAAAAUGGACAGUGCCGUGAUUCCAAGGGAUUCUUUCACGUCGAGAUGCAUGUAGUUACUAUGAGUUGCAUCAUGUCAAAUCGAAACGCCGGUGGCGACAAUCACCUCUUCUCGUCGGCUCAUCUCUGAGUAACAAAGUAAACACAUGCAAUGACUGCUGACAGUCAUGAAUCAAUCGAAUCGUACAAAGCUUGUGUAUCUUACUCAAUAUCAUAC